GCCUCUUUUUGAUUCUCUCUCCCUCACACUUGAUAAAGCCAUCCAGGUAUCCAUUUUUGCUAGAUAAACCUUAAGCUCCAUCUAUCUACAAUUUCCUUCACCAAUCUGUUUAGUUUCUAGAGAGAAAGAGAGAUGACUGCUACCUCUGGUGCUGUGCUAAAUGGGUUGGGAUCUUCCUUCUUGUGUGGAGGAAAGAGAAGCCAGACCUUGUUGUCUGCAGCUGUUGGAGCCAGAUCAGUUGGGGGUGCUGCUGGGCCAAGGAAGGUGAUUGCCAUGGCUGUUGCUCAGGCAAAGAAGUCAUGGCUUCCUGGUGUGAGAGGUGGUGGAAACUUAGUUGACCCAGAGUGGCUCGAUGGGUCGCUACCAGGUGACUAUGGUUUCGACCCACUGGGACUUGGCAAGGACCCAGCAUUCCUGAAAUGGUACAGGGAAGCCGAGCUCAUUCACGGAAGGUGGGCAAUGGCUGCAGUGCUUGGUAUCUUUGUCGGUCAGGCUUGGAGUGGCAUCCCAUGGUUCGAGGCCGGAGCUGCCCCUGGGGCAGUUGCGCCAUUCUCAUUUGGAUCCCUCCUUGGCACCCAGCUUCUCCUCAUGGGCUGGGUUGAGAGCAAGAGAUGGGUAGACUUCUUUGACCCUGACUCGCAAUCCAUCGAGUGGGCCACGCCAUGGUCGAAGACUGCUGAGAACUUUGCCAACGCUACCGGGGAGCAAGGUUACCCAGGCGGCAAAUUCUUUGACCCCUUGGGAUUGGCAGGCACGAUCAAGGACGGCGUCUACAUUCCAGACGUGGAGAAGCUGGAGAGACUGAAGUUGGCCGAGAUCAAGCAUGCUAGGAUUGCCAUGCUGGCGAUGCUAAUUUUCUACUUUGAGGCUGGACAAGGGAAGACACCCCUUGGUGCUCUUGGCUUGUAAAAAGUCCGGACUUGAAUGUAGAUAAUUGAAUUAGAGGCAAGAGAUUCGUAACCCUGGGUUUGUUGAGAUCUGGGUUCCUCCAUGAAACUUCGAAUUCUAUACUUUCUUCUUGGAUUAAUGUGUGUUUGUAAGAUAAUGAAAUUUAGUACUUCAUUCUCCAAA